CUCUUCUCCCCUUCCAGAUACUCACACUGCCGACUCUCUUUCAGUGCAACCACCAACUGCAUUGCACUGCACCCCUUGCGCGAGAUUCUUACGCCGACGGUCCUUACAAACCCCACUUCUCCAACCGGUCUUGGAUAGCCAUCGUACCAUUCACAAGUAGCUCGCUUCCUCGCCUACCAACACUCGUUCCAACAAAUUCGCGUCUCGUUUCCGUGCGCUCUCGCUCGACACAUCUACCCGAAUACUACCUCGGUAUUGUUAUCUUCGCUUCUCAUCUAUCGUUGGUAUCGGAUUGUCUCCCGCCACAUCACUUCGUUUCAAAGUAUUUCUGUGUAGCUCGGACUCUGGAUCAUCUAUAUAUGUUGUGUUGCUUUGUUGAACCAAUAACAUCCACUCAAAGCACCUUCACUUUACCGAACUUCUCACCGCCAAUUAUCGCCAGCGACGACCGCGUGUUUGGAAAGGAGGAUCUAUCUGCAUCAUCUCAACGUGAAGUAGAACAAAGUCUUCCACAAUGGCGAUUCCACUUCGACAGUCGAGCUUCCUGCCAACGAUCAAAUGCUCAAUGUGCGCCAAAGACAUCGAGAUUUCCAAACUCGGAGAUCACAUCUGUAUCAAAUCAGGCGAACAACGUAUGUUAUACUAAUUGGCCGUGUCGAAAAGUCAGUUGCUGACCUAAAUACAGUCACUCCACCACAAGAAUCAAGUGAAAGCUUUGAGCCACUACCACCACCACCCCGCAAGCAAACCCCAACCAAUGGAUCUAAUUUUCUGAAACCUUUUCGGGCCAUGCCACCACGGGUUGACACGUCUGCUGCUAGUACGUACUUGGCUGUCAAUUCUCCUUCUUUCAUUUUUCUAACAAUCUACAGACCGACCUUUCCGCCCACCAGGAGGUCAAUUGACCCCAAACAGCGCAUCACCAUCUAGAUAUGUCUCCCCAAACUCGCCCUUUGGAAGGCCUAAAGGUCCAUUACGAAGCGCAACCAUGCCUAUUUCGAGAGCACCGCCAUCCUGUGAGAUUCUAUCUGGUAAUUUGGAUUGCGCGUUUCCUCCUUUCCCUAAGAAGCAGCAACCAAAAUCUACAAACCGGCAAGGUGGGGGAAGUGGGCAAAGACGUGAUGAACCAAACCGGAUGUAUGCACCUGUCAGUCCUAGGACGGCAACAAGUGGAGGUCUACUUGAAAAAAUGAACACGAUUGCACCGGGCCCGUUCGAUAUCAAUCGCCAGAAACCCGGACACAAAGCGCAAACUAAACCACCAGCUGCAGCUAAUCUUGGCCACCGUAGGCAGGGUACCGAAGGCAGCCUGAAAGAUAUGAAAAUGCCGUCUCAGAUCGAGGUUGCAGGAACUAUUGUACGGCCGUCGACCGCUGGAGGGCAUGCUCGCAAAGCGUCUAUUGCCAGUUCAACUCACUCAAGAUCAGGAUCUAUAGCCCCAAAGGUUCCAACGGAUACCGAUUAUGGAGGAUUCGGUCCACCAUCAGAUGAGAUUCGAGCACACCUCAACAGAUCUCAAACAUCGCCCUUGGAAAACACAAAUCCAAGCCCUCCUGUCACGUCACCAGCAGAACCAAGGUCUGCUUCAAGAACAGGCAAAACUUCUCCCGAUAUGGGAGCGAAAUAUUCCUUUGCCCACUAUAGGAAGGCGUCUCCAACAGGACCAGAUCUCUCUAGGCCUCUACCUCCUCGCGGUGUAAGCCUGAUAAGGCCUCGAGUGGAUACCAAGGUUGGCGAGGUCCCUCAACUACCAGAUUUAAAUCUCGCUGCUGAGUUUGGUAUUGGCAACCCAUACCAUACUCCCACGGAAUCACAGUCUUCCGAUGCCUCUGGAUUUAGCGAGGAGAGCAAAACAAGUUCUCGGUCUAGCCCGCCACGCUCCGUCGGGAGUGCAGGAUCUCGAAGACAACCUUCCGAUGUGAGCCAAAUGGAUGUCUUGAUGGCCGAUCUUGAGUUUACAAUGUCCGACUUAUCGCCUGUAAAGCUGUCCCCAGAGUCUUCUCCAAUAAAUCCCAUACAAGAACGAAGAGAAUCGCCAACAACCUCUCUUGUAGAAAUAAGUACAGAAUCAAUUCAGCCAUUAAUGCCACAACCAAACAUAAGGAGCGCUAUGCCUCAUCCGUCCUCGCAAGCAGAUCCUGCCAUGAAAGAGGUACGCCUACUGCCAAUCCCGCAAGACGCCCCUCGGUCGACUAAUGGGCAUAUGCGCAAGCCCACUGUUUCCAAAGGAAAGUGCAAGGGCUGUGACGAAGUCAUCAAGGGGAAGUCGAUUUCGUCAGCAGAUGGGAGGUUGACUGGAAGGUACCACAAACACUGUUUCGUUUGCAGGACUUGCUCGGAGCCAUUUCAGACCUCGACAUUCUAUGUCAUCAACGACGCACCAUAUUGCGAACGUCACUACCAUAAGUUGAAUGAUAGUGUGUGUACCAGAUGUGACAAAGGGAUCGAGGGACAAUUUCUCCAGACCGAGAAAAGACAAAAGUACCACCCAGAGUGUUUGACUUGCGCAGAUUGCAAUAGAAACCUGAAGCAUGAUUAUUUUGAGAUGAAUGGCCGUGUAUAUUGCGAGCGAGAUGCAUUCAGAAGAACCCAGCAGCAACCAAGGUUCCUCGGUGCUGCAGGGGUAGAAACCAACCGAAUGGAAAGGAGGACAACGAGACUAAUGAUGAUGGGCUGAUGAAUGAAUAUGAUUCGAACUUGGAUCUUGGUAGACUGACAUACGCGCCUUCCCAGUUUUGGACGACCGCUAUCAUGCAAACGACCAGGAAAGGAUACUGGAUGAGAUAUGCCAAUUGGACGAGACUGAUUUGAAAGCUUCCGUCUGAAUUCGUUUGUUUUGUAUUUGCUGUUUAUACCCUUGUUCACAUACUUUGUUUUUGUUGGAGAGGAAUUGCGAAUGCUUUGAUGGAUUCUUGUUACUUUCUGAGCCUAGGCCAGUACCAACUGCGAUUAUUGCUGCACCAGUGGAUAAUUAAUUAUUCAUAUACGCAUUUUGUACCUACCCGCUUUAUAUGAUGUAUUAGAUAUUAUGUAUGUAGAUAGAAGCAACAAUGGAUAGAGGAAGUCUUAUAUAAUUGGGGCGAUAAUAAUAGUAUUCUUUAUGCAUUUACAUAACA